ACAAAAAAAUAUUUGUAAUAGCUCAUGUAUUGAAUAUUAGCGGUCUAUGGCAUCAUCAAUUGCUGUCUGUUAUCUUAUCAGUAUUGCCCCGUUAACCGAUAGGGAAUGUCCGUUGGAAAUUGUUUCCACCAUAUCGACCGAAACCUAAUUGAAGGUGCUAUCAGUGACAAAUAACGCAGAUUUGAUUGCAAUCACGACCAAUUGAACGCGCAGUGUAAUUGAAGUUUCUGUCUUUUUAUGAAAACGGCAACCUUAAUGUGUUCAUGUAGUGAUUACCUGCUAUUCGGGCGUCGUGAAACAUCAGCAAGGAUGAUAUUUCUACCAAUCCCUCGUACUGCGUGUGAAGGAUGAUGAGUUGUGUACUGUACAUGCAAAUUCUCCGAUUAAGAUGGAUUAAUGUGAACCACGUAUUGUGUGCAUCCAAGAGCAGUUGUGUGUUUAAGAAGCACAUGGCUUGAACAGUGAAGAGUAAGAGGUACAGAUAUUGCUUAUAAAAGCAUAUACAAUAGUGUAUGUGGGAAUACGGUGGACGAAUAAAUGAAAGCGGAAGUGCUAAGCUAACAGUCAACGGAAGCAAUGUCGUCGGACAGAAUACACAGAGCGGCGAAAGAUGGCCUGCUUGAUGUGCUCAAAGAGGCUACCCGAGCCGAGUCAAAUUCCAAAGAUGCCGAUGGUAUGACACCGGUGCUAUGGGCCGCCUUCGAAGGUCGAUUGGAGGCUCUUAAACUACUAGUUGGAAGAGGAGGUGAUCCAGAUAAAUCAGACCAAUUCGGAAACACUGCGCUGCAUUUAGCCUCCGCCAAGGGUCACAUGCCAUGUGUGGAUUUCUUGGUGCAAUUUGGAGUGAAUUUAUAUGCGUUGGACAUAGACAACCACACGGCGCAAGAUUUGGCUGCCAUCAAUAACAGGGAUAAUAUUUUGAGAUAUCUGGACGCUGCGGCCGCAAACCUAGAAGCAGUUGACAAGAAAAAAGUUCGAGACUUGAAAGAGCGGGCGAAAAAGAAAUCCGCCAAACGGGCGCAAGAGUACACCGCCAGGCAACAGAAGGCAGAUCAGGCGAAGGAUGAACAACGGAUUAGGCCGCACCGGCCGUCCAACAUGCUGCAAAUGCUGAAGCACAAAAUUUGGUCCGGUAGCCAAGGGAAUUUGAAGAGUUCAAACAAGGACAAUUUGAACAAUAAUUCGACCAAGUUUAGUGCACUGGUUGCUGGUACUGUGACAGGAUCUCGCGGUGCAGUGAAGAAACGAGCAGAAGCGUCCAAACUGCGACAGCAGAUGGAGAAUGGAGGAUUUAAAAUCGGAGAAGUUGAACCAACGGGCAAACGCAGCGUUCGUUCUAUCCAGGGUUUACAACGAGAUUCGGAAAUUCUGUACGUAGGCACGUACAACUCGUCGGAGGAUAACAGUAAGCGAGGCAAAAUUAAGGAUGUGUUCGAUGUCGACUCCAACGGCUAUGAGGAAGUCGAUGACGAUAGUGAAAGCAAUGGAUCUAGUGCAAAGUUCAACACGAUUUCGCGGUCAGUUAGCCAACCAGAUUUCCUGACGAACCUAAAUGACGAGCUGACGAACGAUGUCAUGCUUCAAAAUCGACCCAGUAUUUUCAACAGGCCAUCGGGGAAUUUGGCAAUGACCCGUUCGGUAUCUACUGUGCUGGCACAAUUGGGAAACGAAAACUCUGCCAACGACUCGUCGGAUGGAUCUACGAUAGCCAAACCGAAAAAUGGACCUAUAAAACCUCGUUCGCAGUUGGUCAUUUCGGAUUCAGAAAGCGAUGCGGACAGUUCGGAUAAUGAAGAAAGCGAGUCCCUUGCGGUCUUGAGGUUUUUGGCAGCAUUCAAGCUUGAAGACCACUAUCCUAUUUUUCAGAAAAACGAAAUCGACAUGGAAACCUUAAUGCUGCUUACAGAGAGUGACAUAAAAUCGUUGGGUUUGCCUAUCGGUCCACAUAGGAGAUUGUGUAUUGCGAUCCAGGAACGAAAAGAAGCACUCGCCAGUCCUGGAACUAUAUUGGAUAGUCGCUUGUAGGGGCUGUUGGGCUGCCAUUCCAAGUACCAGGCUAGUAUUAAAAUUGAAUUAAUCGUAAGCAAAACUUGACUUGGAAUGGUAGUGUGCAUACAUUAGGAAACCGUGUUCUUUCUUUGGGAACUGUACAAUAUGAACUCCGUGCUGUAAAUAACGAAUUAAAUUAUUCUUCAAACUUUUAUUAAA